UCACGUGAGAGGGAUUUUAUCCACCUUUUUUAGAACAUUUACUGAUGCCAAUUCCAUUACUGGAAAAAUGGAGCUAAUGUUUGGAUUAUACACUCUAGGGAGCCUAGCAUCCAUCAUCCUGCUUGUACUUCUGAUUUUGUUACAUUUUCCUCUUAAAAGCUACAUGCAUAAAUGGAGGGAGAUGAAGCCAAUUCCAGGAAUGGAAGGUGCCUUCCCAUUCAUUGGUAAUGCUUUACAGUUCAAAACCAAUGCAGGAGAUUUUUUCAACCAGAUUAUUGAGGGGACUAAUGAAAACAGACAUAGGCCUCUUGUGAAGGUCUGGGUGGGACCCAUCCCGUUCCUUGUUUUAUUUCAUGCAGAGACAAUAGAGGCUGUCCUCAGCAAUUCUAAGCAUCUAGAUAAAUCUUACCCCUACAGAUUUCUGCACCCAUGGCUUGGCACAGGUUUACUCACCAGUACAGGAGACAAGUGGCGCAAUCGACGCAAAAUGCUGACCCCAACAUUUCACUUCUCUAUCCUCACUGACUUCCUGGAGGUGAUGAAUGAACAGAGUGAUAUUCUGAUCCAAAAGAUGGUGAAACAUGUAGGCGGAGAACCAUUUAACUGCUUCAGCUACAUUACACUCUGUGCCUUAGACAUUAUAUGCGAAACAGCAAUGGGCAAAAACAUCUAUGCACAGAGCAAUGCUGACUCAGAAUAUGUCCAGACUGUGUAUAAGAUGAGUGACAUCAUCACUCGUAGACAGAGAUCACCGUGGUGGUGGCCUGACUGGAUUUAUAACAUGUUAGGAGAGGGUAAAGAGCAUGCAAAACAACUGCGGAUUUUACACUCCUUCACUGCAGGUGUGAUAAAAGAGAGAGCAGAGUAUGCGAGUGAAGGAUCUGAUGGUGAGUCAGACCAUGGCCGGAGAAAGCGAAGGGCUUUCUUGGACAUGCUGUUAAAAACCACAGAUAAUACUGGUUCUGCACUGAGCCAUGAGGACGUUCAGGAGGAAGUGGACACCUUCAUGUUUGAAGGACAUGACACGACCGCAGCUUCCAUUAACUGGGCCUUACAUCUGAUAGGGGCUCAUCCAGAAGUCCAAAAGAAAGUACAGGCAGAGCUACAGGAGGUGUUUGGUUCAUCACAGCGGCAUGUGGGAGUGGAGGACCUGAAGAGUCUGCGGUACCUGGAGUGUGUCAUCAAGGAAAGCCUGCGAAUCUUCCCUGCUGUGCCGCUGUUUGCACGCAGCAUCUGCGAGGACUGUCAUAUAAAUGGUUUCAAAGUUCCAGAAGGCGUCAAUGCUGUGAUCAUCCCUUACGCUCUUCAUCGUGAUCCACGUUUCUUUCCAGAGCCGGAGGACUUUAAACCAGAGCGCUUUCUUCCAGAGAACAGUACAGGAAGACACCCAUACUCAUACAUCCCAUUCUCUGCUGGUGCUCGAAACUGCAUCGGCCAGCGCUUUGCCAUGAUGGAAGAAAAGGUGAUUCUUUCUACUGUGUUGCGUCACUUUGAUGUGCAAGCGUGUCAGAGUCGUGAGGAGCUGAGACCUCUGGGGGAGCUCAUUCUCCGUCCGGAGAAGGGUAUCUGGAUCCGACUAGACAAAAGAACCAACUAAACCCAAGCCAUGCCUUGUAUGUAAUGUUUGUAGUUCAUCAGGUAUGAGGCAGAGAGGCUGUUGUUUUAGAACAGUCUACAUGUUUUGUUCCAAGACACCCCAUAGAAAUGUAAAAUUUUCUAUACAUUAUAGUAAGAAAUGUUUGCUUUCGUAUAUAGCACACUGUAUAAACAAUAGUUAAGACAGACAUUUUAAAACUAAAAACAAACUGCAUAAACAAUGAUGGUCAAAUUUUACUCUGAGCCACAUUUAAUUGUAAAAUAAUUAACUGGUUUUUUUUUAUAUCAUUCUGUCACGGUCAUGUAUGUGAGUAUUAAUUUCUCUGAGUUGAUAAUCAUUUUGGGAAAAUUGUUACAAUUUUUUUUGCAUUAUUUUUAAACUAAAGCAUGUUUCAGGGCAAAGUUUGCCAGCAAUUGCUUUAUACAACAGAUCGCUAAAAAGUUGUUACAUACACAUGGACUCUAGUGUAAGGUGAAACUCAAACACUAGUACUGAAUGAAGGUUACAAUAAAACCUCAGUUUAGAAUGUAUAUUUUUUAAAGCAGGUGAGCACAAGGCAAUUGCAUACAAUUUAUUUUCAGAUUAUAGUGUAAAUUAUAUGACGAUGCCUAGAGAUAAGCACAUAACUAACAAGCUAUUGUUAUUACUAUAUAUUACUAUCAAUCAUAUUAAUAGCAGUUGUAGCAGUAUUAACAUUGGUGUAGCAUCAAGUUUUACUUGAUCAUAAUAGAUUAUUUUGUCUUUUGUUUCAAAAUCAGUUUUGCUGGAUUACUACACAGCGAAAUAGAGUAGCCUUGCUCUUUCUCUUCCUUUCAUCCGGUUUUAGAAUGCUGAGGGAAAGCAGACUUUGUAGCUUCCACACAGAGGCAGUGUUGUGCCUCAUCGCCUCGCUGUCAAGAUUAGUGAGUAGAGGGGAAGCCAGGUUAGGAACCUGAACUCACUACUCAAAAGAUUUCUAAAGUUACUGGAAAGACCUGACACUUACGUAUUACACCAUUGUUUUGUGGUCUUUUUUUUUUGCAAAACAAUAGAAAAACUAUUAUAAUGGAAUCUGCUCAAAUUGGCUUACGGUGAUAUUAAGUGCUUCUAAUGGAAAAAAAAAUAUGUACAUGUGUAGAGUCAAGUGUGAAACUUGCCUCCUUUCACUGGUGCUGGAAAAGGACCUCUAGUGCAGCCUUAUCUAAUAUCUUAUAACCUUGUAAGAAAGAGUGAAAUUCAUCUUAAUAUGUACUUAAUGUAAUAUGUAAAUGUGUAAAAAAAAUUAAAUAUGUAAAAAUUAAAUAAAUAAAUAAAAAAAACAGAAAGCUUUCAACUUUCGACUUUUUCUGCUGUCAGCCAGGUAUUUGAGGCAACAGUGGACCCAGCCCAAUCAGAAAAAGCCUAGGCUUGUUUUUUUAAUCAUUAAUUAUCCAGUUUCAGACAAUUCUCCCCUGACUUUUCACAUCAACAGAGCAUUACCAUUUACAUAACUCACCUUUUUUUUAACCAUCCUGUGUAAGCAGUAUAGUGAUUAUUGUGCAUACAAAUCCAACUAGAUCAGUAGGUCUAGGAAUACUCAAUUCAGACAGUCUAGCUCCAGAAACCCUGCUAUGGUCAGUCACUUUGAUCAAAUUUUGUUCUCCAUACUGAUAUUUGAAGAAAAAAAAAGUAGCAGAAGCUCUUUACCUGUAUCUGCAUCGUACAUUCAUGACACUGACGUGAUUAACCAAUUGGAUAUUUGCAUUGAAUUAACUGCUAAAG